AUGUCUCUCUCUUGGAUAAAACGGAAAUCGAGACUUCAAGAACUUCUGAAAAGUCAUGGCGACGAGGAGGAGGAUGGGCUGGCACUGGAUCGGUUGCUGCACGGCCAGAGUGUUAUUGGGAAGACAUCGAGGACUAUCGAAAUCGACUCCAUAAAACUUCAGGAUAAAGAUUUUCAGGCGGUCGGGAAGCUUGACUACGGCCAGUUUGGCGUAAUCGACGUUGUCAAAUGUAGACUAGAUGGGCGCGUCUAUGUACGCAAAACCAUCGAGAAGAAAUUUGUGUUGAGAGCGCGUGAGCAAUGCUCGCCGCAGCUUGAACGCGAUAUUCUGCGCCUUGCAACAAAGACCAAUUCACAGUGGGUGCCACAUUUGCUGUGUGCGUUCCAAACCCCGAUGCAUUUGAAGCUCGUCAUGGACUAUGCCGAGGGGGGUACACUCUGGGACGUGUUGGAAUCUAGCGCGCUGGACGGCAGGAUUUCGGAACGCGAUAUCAGAUGGUGGGCACCACAGAUCGUCAGCGCGAUUCAUUGGUGUCACUCACAAGGCUUUGUGCACAGAGAUAUCAAACCUCACAAUUUCGUCCUCAAACCUCACGCUCACAUUCUCUUGAUUGAUUUUGGUUCGGCGGCCCCACUUCUUCCCCGCCUGCCGGAUGGCAGUCAGCGUUUGCCGAAGCAGUAUUGCCUCGUCCCAUGUGGAACUUGCGAUUACAUCUCGCCCGAGAUACUCAAAGCCCAUGAGCGCGCACUUGUUGCCUUGGAAAUGGAAGAUGAUGACCGCAGCUCUGAAUUCGAACAUGGAGAUGAUGUUUAUGGACGAGAGACAGACUGGUGGAGCAUGGGUGCGAUGCUGUAUGAAAUGGCCUAUGGUCAAGCGCCCUUCUUUGCAGAGGAUAUCCGUAGGACAUACGUGAAGAUAAUGGCUGACAACGUUUUCCAGAGAUACAUUCCGGAUUCACGAAGAUUGCUCACUGAUGCCGAGUUCCGUCUGGGAAGACACAACGUGGCCGAACUCACCUCUCAUAAGUUUUUUGCCAACGUUCGCUGGACCAAUUUCCAUGAUGAGGCCGUCCCUGCAGACGUUCACGUUCCUAGGUUCACCUACACAGAUGCCAACGUUGACCUUCAGAUGGAGGUCGACGGAUCAGAUGGCAAUGGAUCCGAGUCGAAACCCUUUGCUUUUUCGGAUCUUUUCCAGUCAUCUGUUGGAUCAUCUCAGGGUCUCUCUAUUCUGAAUUCGCCCUUCAUCGGCUUUUCAUGGGGACCUAUGAUAACUGCAUUCCCGGACCUGGCACCUCACUCUCGUGAAUCCAUGACUGGUACACUCAAUGCUCCCAAACUAGUCGGACUAUCUCCGGCCACUACUGGUUCCACGCCGGCACCCCAUCUUCUAACGCCGACGCCCAAUUCACGUCCUUUCAGCACCCCGAUCCGAUCCGGACCUCGAACCCCAUAUCAGAUGCUUUCACGGAACAGUACUGCCCGCCGUACAACAGUUACAAGACGGCCAGUCUCAGAUCGCGAGGCCAUGAAGCAGCUCAUUGACUGUGUUAGCAUGAGCGCGCAUAAGAAAGUGCUAGAGAGCGGUCGGAAACCACAUAUCUUGACGUCCAUUGGCAGACGCAGUCGGUCAGCCUCGUUGAAAGAGCUUCACAUGGAGGCUCCGCAGAGCCCGAGUCCGAGUCCUAGGCCAGGAUCCGUUUUGUCGAAACGGAGUGCGACGCCUAACGCUACAAUAGCAUUUACUCAGCGGUCGAGCGAUUUCUCGCAGCGGACGGGUACGGAUUUGUCUGUCAAAGUUGCGGAGAGGUUUCAACAAGAUGAAGACGUCAGUAUACCUCGUGUGCGAGUAGGGUCGAGCCUUUCAUACGAGAAUACGACGUUUAAUAACUUGGAAAGUAAGCAUACUUCGAUCAUGGAAGAUAUUCAUAGCAUAGAGGGCCGAUUAAAACAGUUGAUCUCUGCUAUCGCGCAUUAG